UCAAUAGUACAAUAGACCAUUGGCGAGGAAUCAUUAUUACAGGAUUUAUAGCCUACCAUUCCUUUCAAAAACCCUAUUUUGAUCAAAUACUCAGUAUUCCAUCUCCGGAAGGACAAUUGAUUUGUGCUGUUCUUCAUCGUGAACACUUCCGUAGCGCAGUGCAGAGAGAUGGGCGGUUUUCCAAAUGAAGAUAAUCAUCCUUUGAACUCUAAUCCAUUUGAAGUUACGCCGGAGAUGGAGAAGUUUUUGUGUGAGCAAUUGUUGGAUAAGAACCAACCAAUAGCGGAGCGGUUCAGAGCCCUGUUCUCUCUUCGCAAUCUCCGUGGCACAGCACCACGAACUGCUCUUAUACUUGCAACUAGGGACCCUUCAAAUCUCUUGGCUCAUGAGGCUGCAUUUGCAUUGGGUCAGAUGCAAGAUGCUGAUGCCAUCCCUGCUCUGGUAGCAGUUCUGAAUGAUCUUUCUUUGCAUCCCAUUGUUCGGCAUGAGGCUGCAGAAGCACUGGGUGCAAUUGGUUUAGAAAGUAAUAUUCUCCUUCUAAAAGAAAGCUUGGCGUCAGAUCCUGCUCAGGAGGUCCGUGAAACAUGUGAACUGGCUCUUAGUCGAAUCAAGGAGCUGGAUGAUGCUAAAAGUAAUGGUGACACCUCAUCACUAGAGCCAUCUCCUUUUCUGUCAGUUGACCCAGCUGCGCCUGCUUCUUGUUCCUCUGUACCACACCUGAGGGAAGUUCUUUUAAAUGAAGAAAAGGGUAUGUAUGAACGGUAUGCUGCGCUUUUUGCACUUCGAAACAAUGGUGGAGAGGAAGCUAUCUCUGCAAUUAUUGAAUCCUUAGGUGCAAACAGUGCUUUACUGCGACAUGAGGUUGCAUAUGUUUUAGGUCAGUUGCAGAACAAAAAGGCUUCAGAUGCUUUAUCUAUGACACUUAGGAACACAAAUGAACAUCCUAUGGUUAGACAUGAAGCAGCUGAAGCGCUUGGUUCUAUAGCAGAUGACCAAUGUAUUGCUCUCCUUGAGGAAUUUGCCAAGGACACUGAGCCUAUUGUUUCCCAAAGUUGUGAAGUUGCUCUCAGCAUGCUCGAGUACGAGAGAUCAGGAAAAUCCUUCGAGUUUCUCUUCAUGCCCGCACCUCAAAGUGAGCAGGUCUCGUAAUUCAUUGAUGAUCAGAAUGUAGCUUCAUUUUUUAUGCAGGCAUGGUUAACAGGUUGGCUAUAUUCCUUGUUGAUUUUUAAGUGCUUAUUUACGGUUCAGAAGAGUCCAAAGUGACUAUUUUACACUCUUAGACUGACUAAUUGCAAAAUACUAGGCCUUACUCCCUUGAUGCCUUGAUAUAAUGUAUUAUUAUAUAACUUUUAAUUUUUUUUUUCUUUAUAAUACUACAAUAUACACUA